GUGUGGCAGUCAAGAUAGGCGGCGCACAUGUUGCGGGCCAGUCCAUAGACCGUUAAUCAAGAUGGCAGACAACAGUUGUUAGUGUGUGCAUGGAACAGCGUGUGAUGAUGAUGUUUCUUGUGAACGAAGGUGUAAAACCUGCGGAUAUCUACAGAAAACUUCAAACACAAUACGGUGAUGAGACGCUCAGCUGCAGUAAGACAUUUGAAUGAUGUAACUGUUUCAAAGAUGGUCCUAUGUCCAUCAGUGACGAUCCUAGCCAUGGUGGUUCCCAGCCCACAAUAGUCAAUCCUG